CAUUGUUUAGACAAACUUUGCGCACUUUUGCGAAAACAAUUAAGGACGACACUCGGGAAUUUUAUUCUCAGAGCGGGAACAAUUCCAGUCGGUCUUGUUUGAUACAAUGCAUGUUUGAUCUCUUUUACUACAAUUCUAUUUGUAGAAGAUGUUAAAUGAAAUAUGAGUUUAUUAACAAAGUUACGUCACAAAACAAAUAUUGUAACUAUUGAAUCUUAAUAUAUGGGUAUAUUUAACAUUCUUGAAAAAAUAUAGCUUAUUUGUAUUUGAUUAUGUUUAUUGACAUUCUCCCAAAUGCAUGGCUAUAGACUUUACAUGUUUGGUAAGCCAGUUUGUAACUCAAUGUCGACACGCUUAGAUAUAUGAAUUAUUAACAACAGCAGAGUAAAAUAAUAAAGCAUAUCAGUCAAGUCUUUCAAAUAGCAUUCGACUUCGGUGCUGUGAGUGAUUCCGAAAAUGGCAAAAAAGGAUAUAAUUUCAUAUAUUUUUACAAUUCUGUUCUAUGUGUCUGAUUAUUUACUUACAAUAUAUGGAGAAAAUGCUUUAGUACAUUAUAGGAUAACGAGUCAUCAUACAUGUUUAUCUUCUGAUACUACUUUAUAUAUCAUCAACGGAAUCUCUGUCAAACAAUGUGUGGAGGAAUGUGCGAUACUUCCAAAAUGUUCAGCUGUCAACUACAAACGGCUUUAUAAACUAUGUGAACUGCACUCAAUUCUGCACGAAACGCGCGUGGCUCGUUCCGGUGAAUCUUGUUUAUAUAUAAAAAGAUCAGAUAUACAUAAUGAAGAGUUGAAGUCCUCUACUGACGUAUGUCAAACUUGUGGGGAUGGAAACUGUGGAACUAAUCUUUGUGACUCAAAAUUUUGCGCUGCUCUAGAUAUUAAGGAUGGUGCUAUUCAAGGCAAUAUGAAAGCAGUUGGUUCACGUGUAGAAAUCACGUGUCACAAAUAUUUCAAGGAAGUGUCAGGAAAGACGCACUCGAUCUGUCAGAAUAAUGGGUCAUGGUCACACUAUCCCAAUUGCAUUCCAAAUUACGAAUACAUGGGUUGCUUUGAAGAUCGAGAAGACCGGAUUCUAGAUGAACGCGAUAUUAGGCCGCCAUUAUUGACAACAGACAUGUGUGUCAGGAUGUGUAUUGAAUAUGAUCAUAAAUAUUCAUUAACAGAGGCCGGCUAUGCGUGUUUCUGUGGUGACACGCUUAAAGACUACCCUCGACAACCGGAACAUGAAUGUAACACGCCAUGUAAGGGGAAUCAAAGUGAAAUAUGCGGAGGCAAAUGGCGAGGCUCUUUGUACAUGCAUAACUAACAGUGUUAUGUAAACAGACUAAGUAAGAAAACAGAAACACUAUUAAACUCAUUAACGUCAAAUAAAGAUUUAUUGCACAAUACUUCUAUCAAAGUGUUUAUUCUACGGAUAUUUCAAAGACAUGGUGCAAAAGUGACAGAAUGGUUAACGUUACAAUGGAAUUGAAGUGUAAAUGGAAACACCAAACUCAUAAAUAAAUUUCAAGUUUCCAUACAUUUUUUAAUCAAAUGUGUCAACUUCUUUCCUUCGAAUGUAAAAAGGGAAAUAUCAUUGGCUAAGUUUUAGUUUUGUAUUAUAUGUUAACUUAUAUGUGGUCAAUGUGGUAUUUGUAUUUAUACAAAAAAAAAUGUUUGUU